AAUCCCCGACACUAAAACUGACCCGCGCCCCGUGCUUCCCGACCGCGCUCUUCGGCGCCACAUACAGGCCUUGACUACAGACUGCCCACCAUUCCUGCCCUAAGUAAUGAUGGCGAUUCUUGAGCCACCACUUGAGUAAAAAACAGGAAACCAUUGGCUGCGGUAGAAAAUGGGUCGCUAUUGGACUGGCGGGAUCUAGAAGCAGGGUCUGGCCGGGCCCAAGGGCUGAUGUGAGGAGGAUAACCGGAGAGGGGGUCAUGUCCCCUCGUCCUGUUUCGUGACUUCGUCUUGCAUGCGGGGCCUGGAGGUGAGAUCCCCCGCGGGGCAUUGGAGAAGUGAGAAAUGAGGUUCUGGUGGAGAAAUGGGGGACUUCCCAAUUCCUGACCCCAGAAAGGUAUUGGGUCUGAAUCCAGCCAUGGAAUGCACCCUUCUUGAAGGAACCUCUGCUGGGGGUCAUUUGCCAUUGUCCGCUUUAGAGAGGAUAGCCAGGCGGCGAAAAAUCAUAUUCAAGCCAGCAGCUGAGGAGGAGGAAACCCCUGUACGUCUUCUGCAUCCCCUGGACAGAGGCAGAACCUCAUCCCCCUUAUGUCAGGAUGAACAAUGGUCACCCACGAAGAAGCAGCGGCUCCAACAAAGCUCCCUGCCAAUGGCAGAAGAGGGCAGGGAUGCUUGUGGUAGGAUGGGAGAAACCCUGUGGCGUAUGGCAUCUCCCAUGGAGAAGAAACAGCGAAAGGUGUUGGCUAUUGAUCUGGAAGACUUUUCCACAACCAAAGUGCCUGAGAUUCGUUUACAAAGGCCUGCCUUGUUUCCUUCCCCCAAACCCUUUCAGCUCUCAUUUGGGAAUGAGACCAAAGUGUCCUGGUCCAGAAACAGACAGGAUAGCGCUAUGUGCAGAUCCCUUCUUCCUAAGGUAUGUUCUCAGCCCUGCCAAGAACCUCGGGAACCCUUGGCUCACACAUGCGAGCGGUUGGGGGACCAAAGUCCCUGCCUCCCUCUCUGCCAUGAGUCAGGGCGCCUGCAAGCCAAGAGGCAGCGCCUGCAGAAUGGAGUCCCUCUAAUAAAUGGGAGAGAGGGGACCCUGGCCAUCCCAGAAGAGGAGGCUCGUUGGCCAAUUCCUGCUUUGGAGGAUUGUCAGUUGACCCAAGCCCAGCAGGAUGCUGGUGUUGGCCAAGAGCUUCUGGAGAGCUUCCCACCUCCCUGCAGGAGUGAUCAGCGAGAAUUGCCUUAUCAGUCAUCAAGCAUGGAAAAACCAGUGCCUUCAGAUCCACAUGACCAGGAGCAUCCCACAGGUCCAUCCUCUGAAACGUCCAGACUUACUUCGGCUUUGACUCUCUUGCGUCCUUCCAUGGUCCCGCGUUUCAGGCCCUGGGGCUUGGCCCCAGUCUUCCAAAGCAUGCGUUCAAAACUGGAAGCCUUUGCCGACAUCUUCCUCAGCCCAUCCAAAUCAUCUGUGCCACCUGCUGAAAGAUCUCCGUCCCCACCACCAGAUCCUCCAGCAAAUGAGGACGAAGCGGCAACAAGUUCUCCGGCCACCCCUCGCCCAGGAGUCAAAAUCGAGAUGAAAAUCGCCAUUUCUGAACCAUGUCCCCGCAAGAGGAGCUCUUGCCACGAAGAAGAGAAGGAAGAAGCAAACCGCCUGGUGGUUAGCAGGAGGCCCCCCAUCCGCCAGUGGCACUUGAGGAAAGGAGAGCCAGCUCCACAGCCCCUCCUUGGACGUAGCAAUUCCUGCCCUGAUUUUCCUAGAGCCCGCUCUUGCCAAAACGUCUCUUCGGUGCUUUCUCCCUUGCUGCAGCUGCGGCAACGCCGGCACACAGUUUGCAGUCUGGAAGUAUCUCGAGAACUGGACCGUCCCACGCUGCCCUGCCUGCGUAAGGAAGUGUACCCCUUUAGCAGUUCCCCUGCCCGCCGCUUGCCGCCACGACCCUUGGUUCAUGCUGCCUACUGUGAUCCAUCCUCCUGCUCUUCCCUCACACCAUCCUGCUGUCCUGAACCUGACCCCGUGCAUUCCAGGAAUGCCUCCCUCUCCCCAGAUGGUGCGCAAAGGGUACCAGCAGUUGGCUUAGACAUGGUUGCAUCAGAGCAGUUGAUGCUUUCAGAAGAUGAGAUGAAGGGAUCCCAAGACAACACAGUAGGGAAGGUGUCCUGCAUAAGAAUCCGCAAGACGCCAGCCAAGCACCAAGCUAAUCUCACCCCCAUGGGGCUUCCCCGUCCAGUCAGGCUCAACAAGGAAGUGUUCAGUCUGGAGGAGAUCUACACGAACAAGAAUUAUCACACACCUAAGGUGAAGAGUUCCUUCGAGACCAUAUUUGAAGUACCACUGGAACGCAACGGAGCCCUUGUCUUCACCAGCCAACGCAAGCUGAAGAGGGUAAUGAAAUUCCAGGAGAUGGGCCUUCCCCGCAAGCAACGCAAAUCUCACCUCCGGAAGGGACAUAGGGCAAAGAGAAGACGGGCCCAGCCCCAGUCUGCUGAACUGGAGGAGAUGCUACGGCAAAAACUGGCUGAACUGGACGCCCUAUUUGAGGAGGAAGUGUGUUGAGCUGAAUCUGCAGAAUAGUACCUAUAGGAGCCUUUUCCUUCCCAUCUCUUCCCCUUUCCUCAAAGUACUUAUUUCUCAAACCACCCUUGAGUUGUCUAAUAUUUUUUCUCCUGAGCACUCCAAUCUUUUCCCCAUGUCCUCUAUUCUCCAUGUCAACACCACCUGUUCAUCUCCAGUGACAGGUGUUUCAUCAUCCAGGGAUCCUAGGUUGUCCUCCAAACCACAGAGAGUGUACUUAUGAACGUGGGGCCGGAUGUCACCCUGCAGCCUCCCUCAGCUAGCUUGCCAGGUGUUUUAUUUUGCCAGUCCCCUUUUCCUUAGGCUCACCAGUCUGAAGAAGCAGAGUGUUGGUGAGGCCCAAAAAGUAGUGAUGCCCAUUCCUCGCGUUCUGCUUCCCUCUCACAAUCAGACUCUCAGUACCUGAGUUAGAGGAAGUGAAUCAUCUGAUCAAGAUUUAGCACAGCAAGGGAUGUAUCCAACUAUGUGGAGAUUGAGUUACUCCUUUUCUGUGGCUGCCAUCUUGACUAAACUAGGAAACCCGUUGGUUGCAAAGGCAUGACAGGAGAGGAAGAGCAAAACCAGGCUUGUAAUGGAAGAGAAGACAUGUCAAGAAGCUCAGAAAGGAGAUGUUUCAGGAAGGAUUGUUAAUACAUAAAUGGCUAUGAAUCCUGCUUCAGUAUUCCAAGUUUGAAUAGGCUUAUUGGGGUUAUAAUCUGUUAGGCAUGGUGGAGCAGGGGAGUUGUUUGAAUUUCUUGAAUUAAUCUAUAUUUGUAAUAAAUCUUGGAAGAAAGAUUUUUGUUUUGUUAUUUUUCCAGUCUUGUUUACGAGGCUGCUGAAAACAGCUCAUAGGUAAAAUGUCUAUGAAGAUUAUUCUCAGUCAUUCAGGUCAUGGUUGCCUCAAAGGGACUUUUUAAAAAGGCAACUGGAAAAUGUUUCUUUCUUUUCAGUCAUUUGGUUGUUAGGUACUCUCUCAUUUGGGGGUUUCAUUUGUGCCCCUCGAGGCCACCUGGAUCAGAGUGUGAAUAGGUGUAGAAUCUCCAUGGAACUGCUGAAAGGACUGUUGUAGACAAGGGAUACAAUGUGAUAUAAUCCUUCCACCCCCACCCACCCCCAAAGAUCCUGUCAGAACUAAUUCUUCCAUUUCCCAAUCACUACCACCAGCCAGCCAGAACUGAUGAAGAUUCUUGGAUGAGAAACAAAACUUCUUCCUCAAGGGAAAAAAAACA